AAGUUAAACAAGCAAAUAACUAAAAUAACCAAGUGAAAAAACAAAUAAUUGAACUUUAUUACCAACAGUUGAAAUAAUUAAACAAACGCCAGAGGCGCUGUCUACAUGAUUAAGUUAGUCCUCGUGGGGGGGAACCAACCAUCAUACAUUCAUACCAUAUACCAUCAAGCCCAAAACCCAACUAACAAGUAAUAUAACAACCAAGUAACCAACCAAGUAUCAAGUAUAUAAACUAUCCAAGCAAACUUUCAAGGCCUCUCAAGUUUGUAGAGACCCGUAGAGAGAGACAAGACAUCAAGAGAAACACACGAGUACGAGUACGAGUCAGUACACACACAGUUGAUCAGAACGUCAGCACUGGGAGCAGGAAUAGACACUAGGACAUUUUAAAUUACCUCCUGGCUGGGUCUAUCAUCGUACAUGUCGUUAUCAAUUCCUGCGGAUACUCUGCCGCUGCUGGUGCUAGUGCAUUUAACUGAUAGUGUGUGGGGUUUUAAUGCGAUUAUUCGCCAUGUGCUGCUCCGGGUGUGACUUGGUGCGGCGUUCACCCAGCAUCCAGUAUCACCAAUGACCAACAUCAUCUCCGUAGCACCGUCGCCGUCAUCUGCAAGCCCGGAUGUCAUCAAACACCCAAGUGCGCCAAAACAUUAGCGAGAUUUUUUAAAAAAUAGACACGCACACUCACACUCACACACAACAAGUAAACGGAGUUUACUUUUAGUGUUUUUAAUUUAUUGUUUAAAAAUAUUUUUUAUUGUAUCGAGGCUCGUGUGUACAUGUCUCAGUUGAGUGUGUGAUAUCCUACGAGAUAGAAACAACGGGGAGAUUGAGAGAGGCUGCUGCUGGUGAAGAAUAUAGAGAACGGACAGACAGCCAGUGUUGUAGAGGCGGGGACGAGGCCCGUGCGCGGUAUUGCCCGUCACAUUUUAUACUGAAACUAAAGAAAAAGGAGUCGAAAAUAAUUAUUCUAAAAUAUAAAUACUCUUGGGCCCUUUUGCGGGUGUGUCGGGCGUGUCUUAUAUUAUAUACAUAUAUAUGUAUGUAUAUGUAUGUUUAAUAUUACAAACGUGUUUUAUUAAUGUUUAAUAGUAACCCUCAUCACGGGUUCUACUUACAAGACGGUCUUGUGUUAUUACAAUAAUUAUUACUUGAGUAGUGAUUUUUUUACCGUGCAGUGCGGGUGUAUAGUUGUGUGGUAGAGAUUUUUCGGUAGAUAUUAAUCUAGUGGUAGAAAAAGAGAGAGUGGGAGAGAGAAGAAGUACACUGAGGAUUUAACACAACAGAGAGAGUAAGAGAACACGAGUCGUGUAUCAAGAUGGCGCAUAAUUUGGCACCGAGCGUUAACUGCUCGCUCGACGACAUCGACUUGAAUGCACUCAAGGAUCCAGCUGGGAUCUUCGAGCUCAUCGAGGUCGUUGGCAAUGGAACUUACGGUCAAGUUUACAAGGGCCGACACACCAAAACGGGCCAGCUGGCGGCCAUUAAAGUUAUGGACGUCACGGAGGACGAAGAAGAAGAAAUAAAACUGGAAAUCAAUGUCCUCAAAAAGUAUUCAAAUCACAGAAAUAUUGCGACAUAUUAUGGAGCUUUUGUUAAAAAAUCACCACCGGGCAAAGAUGACCAGCUGUGGCUGGUCAUGGAGUACUGCGGUGCUGGCUCGGUUACUGAUUUAGUUAAAUCAACAAAAGGCCAAAGUUUAAAGGAGGAGUGGAUCGCUUAUAUCUCGCGAGAGAUUUUGAGAGGACUCAGCUACCUCCACAGUAAUAAAGUCAUUCAUAGGGAUAUUAAAGGACAGAAUGUCUUAUUAACAGAUAAUGCUGAAGUUAAACUAGUUGAUUUCGGUGUAAGUGCACAGUUAGAUCGUACAAUCGGUAGAAGAAAUACAUUUAUUGGUACGCCGUAUUGGAUGGCACCCGAAGUUAUCGCUUGUGAUGAAAAUCCAGACGCAACUUACGACAAUAGAAGUGACCUUUGGUCUCUCGGUAUCACGGCACUCGAAAUGGCCGAGUCACAGCCUCCUCUCUGUGAUUUACAUCCCAUGAGAGCUCUAUUUUUAAUUCCACGUAAUAUGCCACCGAGAUUAAAAUCUAAAAAAUGGGCCAAGAAAUUUCACGGUUUUAUUGAAACGGUCCUAGUAAAGGAUUAUCAUCAAAGGCCGUAUACAGAGCAGCUACUAAAGCAUCCAUUCAUCCGGGACCAGCCGACGGAGCGUCAAGUAAGGAUACAGCUGAAAGACCACAUCGAUCGCUGUAAGAAACGUAAACAAGAGAAAGAACGAGAUGAUUAUCGAUACAGCGGCAGCGAAAAUGAGGAAGACGAACCAGCGUUGGCUGGCGAACCAUCCUCAAUAGUUCAAGCACCCGGUGGAGAUACACUGCGUCGUAAUUUCCAACAGAUUCAAGAGGGUAGAACGUUGACCCAGGACAUUCCCCAGCAGCCGGCGCAUCCGAACAAAGAAAAACCGUCAAGUAGAGGCCAAAGAGAAAUUCCAGAACCCGGCCCUCCAGCACGGCCGGCUAUUCCUCACAGACUUAUUGAACCACAACCGCCUUCUCGACCUCUACCGCCGACUCCAAGAGACGAUCCAAGACAGCCGCACAAAGUAUCAACUCCACCGUCUAAUCAUCAUCCAGCGGUUAAUUCCGGUGGAGCCGGCAGUGGCGGAUCAGGCGGUCAAGCUGCUCCUCAGCGAAAUAGUCAUAUUUUUAAACCUAUGCUGCCACCAAGAAGGCCGGAGGACUUGGACAUGCUGUGUGCUCAACUCAACGAGCUUGGUGUGUCACAGGGCCCAGAAGCCCCGCCGAGGCCCAAUCGUCAGCACAAGAGCCCCGCACCAGCACAAUCGGGAAAUGCGGCAACACACUCGGCUCAACCUGUCGCCAAUAAUGAGCAAAACAACAAACAGAUGCCUCAGUCCUCCAGUAUUCUUGAUCAAGCGCUAUCUGUUGAGAGUGACAGCGACGACGACUUUGAAGACGCCAGUGGGAAUAAUGCACGUAAUGACGGUACACUAUUGGCUAGUGAUCCACCGAAACCUCUUCCUGAAUUUGCUUUCAGACCGUCUUCAGACUCAUCCUCAUCUUCUUCACACAAUGCCCAAAACCACCAUGAAGGAGGCGGCGCGCCAAAUCGACCGUUACCACCAACUCCAGACGAAGAAGAAUCUGGUGACCGUACACUAGUCAUGAAAAGAAAAUUAACACCAAUCACCACAAUCACCAUAACUACAACAACAACAGCAACAACAACAAGUACGACAGCAAUGACAAAUAGCAACAGUAAGACAACAACGACGACGGACGAUAGAGCGGUAGUUGCGAGCAACAGGCACUCCGAGAUUGACGAGCAGCUGCUCCUCAAGGAGUGGGACUUUACUCGCUUCUUUCAAGGGUGUAACGAAAGGUUGGAUAAAAUGAAACAGGAGGCGAGCAGCAGCGGAAAAUCUGCUAGUGAUGAGAGGUCCUCGUCGUCCGGGGAUAGGACAUUGAAGCGCUACGAAGCCGCUGGUUCGAGACGUAAAGAUCAACAGCCUCAAGCUCAACAACCUCAGACCCAGUCUCAACUUCAUCAUCAACAUAAACAGAGUAGUCAUAAAUCCUCUCAACAGUCACAGUCGUCACAACUUAAAGCCGUGCAUCGACGUCAGGAAUCAGAUUCGAAAUUAGGAAACUCUAGUGCAUUUGCACGGGCAUUCAGGCGGGAAAAUUCUGAUUUUUUUCCAUCAACGCGACACUCGGCUUAUCUGCAAAAGUCCGAACCACGGUCUAGUAUAUUUUCCAAUGGCAAUAGACGUGGGAGUGAAAUAAGUGUUGCCGGUAUAUUAGGAAAAAAAUCCAGCGGAUUGGCUCCUGGUGAACCGGUAUUGACCGAAUUCUCGUAUGGACGUGAGCCGACGACCACGAGCACUAACGCUGGUAGUGGACUACUCCAGCGGCCAAGACGAGAGAAAACAGAGAGUGAAAUUGUUUUUGGUAGCAGUAGCAGUAGCAGACAGCAAGACUUUUUACGUGAACGUCAUGAGGCUAGAUUAUUACGCGCUGCUACUGCUGCUGACGACUCGUCGUCAAGAAGACGGAGUUUUAGACCCUCGGGUAGCCCAACGACAACAAAUUCGCUGAAUGCCACUAAUACGACAAUUUCUUCCGAUGAUGGAGGGACUAUUAAAUCUACGGCUAGUACAACUGCUAGCGAGUACAGCCCGGUUAUCAGUCAGAAUCGUGAAGGUGAGCGUGGAAGAAGUAGCGGUGGUGAGUUCCAGAGGUCAGAUUCGUCACCAGGUUCACGACCGAGCUCAGUACUGCCGGACCUUUUGACCUCGUCACCAGGUCAGCGACAGGACAAAUCAACCAGCGAAGAGCAGUAUCGACAAGCUGUUAAAACACCCGCGCCUCUUGCACUCCAACAGAAACAGCGUUCAUUCCUGACGUUUGGUUUUGGUGCCGGUCCUGCACGAAGAGAAUCACAUGUUAAUGUCAAUGUUACGCCAACGAGUCACGAUUUGUCGUCAGAUACACCGGAGAUAAGGAAAUACAAAAAACGUUUCAAUAGCGAAAUACUUUGCGCUGCAUUAUGGGGCGUGAAUCUACUAAUUGGAACGGAGAAUGGCUUAAUGCUGCUAGACAGAAGCGGACAAGGGAAAGUCUAUCAGUUGAUAAGUAGAAGACGAUUUCAGCAGAUGGAAGUACUCGAAGGACAAAAUAUUCUAGUUACUAUUAGCGGGAAAAAAAAUCGUGUCAGGGUUUACUACCUUUCCUGGCUUAAGAGUAAAAUAUUGCGGACCGAUGGUCACAGCGACCAAGUAGAACGACGUAACGGUUGGAUAAAUGUAGGCGAUCUCCAGGGUGCCGUGCACUUCAAAAUAGUCAAGUACGAGAGAAUAAAGUUUCUCGUCAUCGCUCUUAAAGACUCGAUAGAGAUUUACGCUUGGGCACCCAAACCCUAUCACAAAUUCAUGGCCUUUAAAUCGUUCGGUGAGCUAGCGCACCGUCCACUACUCGUCGAUCUCACUGUCGAAGAGGGUUCGAGAUUAAAAGUUAUCUACGGCAGCGCUGAUGGCUUCCAUGCGGUUGAUUUGGAUUCCGCGACUGUUUACGAUAUUUAUCUUCCAAAACACACUCAGGGACCCAUUUGUCCACACUGUAUUGUUGCAUUACCGCACAGUAAUGGCAUGCAAUUGUUGUUGUGUUACGACAACGAAGGCGUUUACGUCAAUACCUAUGGCCGUGUGUCCAAGACAAUGGUCUUGCAGUGGGGCGAAAUGCCAACUAGUGUGGCAUACAUUGGUACUGGUCAAAUAAUGGGAUGGGGUAAUAAAGCUAUUGAAAUAAGAAGUGUCGAGACUGGUCAUCUUGAUGGUGUUUUCAUGCACAAAAAAGCUCAACGGCUCAAGUUCCUUUGCGAACGUAAUGAUAAGGUAUUUUUCUCGUCAGCGAAAGGCGGUAGUUCAUGUCAAAUUUACUUCAUGACGUUAAACAAACCGGGUAUGGCUAACUGGUGAUCCCGAAUGAGGCCGAGUAUGGCCCCAUCAUCCCACGUGCAAGUACCGCCAUCAUUAACAACAUCAUCAUCAUCGCCACCAGCAGCACAAUCCUCAUCUUUAUCGUAUAAUUUGCCAAAUAUCACGGGUUAUGGCCCAGAACAUUCGUUUAUUCGUUCUCCACUGCCACAUACGAGUGCCGGGGAUGCCCGUGAGUGUACACACCGUACUCCUCAUCAUCAUCAACACCAAUAUCAUUACCAGCAACAGCAGCAGAAACAUCAGAAGCAAGACAAACAGCAACAAAAUCAUCAGUUGUAUCACCAACAGCAUCAACGUCGUUAUUAUUAUCAUAACUACCGCAAUAGUAAUAUUAUAGAGCGUAAUAACCGUGAGUACUCUGUAAGUUAUAGCAGCAAUUUAGUGGACAAUGAUAACCAUAAUAAUACCGAGCAGUAUCCAGGAAGUUUGUCCUUACGGAGAAUUAGUUCUGGACCUUUGAGCGGUAUUAACAUCUUGGUAAAACGAUUGCUGUGCUUUCUCGCGUGUCCAGCUUUGAGUUCGUCCUCUUCUUCGGUACGUUAUGGUCAGGACUGCUAGUGUGUAAACACAAGUUGUGGGAGCGGUCAUCCGUUAAGGAAAAUAACCGACAAACAGAGAUAAAGUCAAGUGAAAAAGAGAAAUGAGUCGAGUAGAGUUGAGUUGAAUUUAGUUUAGUUUAGUUUAGUACUGAAAAGAAGAGAAGAGUUGAAGUAACAUAUAUAUAUAUUAAGUCUAAGAGUUUAUAGUCUGCAUUUAAGCUUGACUAUCGACUGUUAUUUCAAAGCGACCAUCAGUGAGUUCACAUUCGCGUGAGUGAUCCUUUUAACGUUGGCUUAUUUUUUUAAACUUCCUGAAUCGUAACAGACCCAAACGGAUUAUUGACUUACUGGCGAAUAACUUUAAGUAAACGGAAAUAAAAAAAGUAUAGACGUAUAUUUAAAAAAGAAGGACGAGACCCAGUGGUUUUCUCUAGUGUUUCCUAAUGUAAUUCAGUAAUCACAGAGUUAAAACUGAUACUCCAAUGAGAUGGUUUUAAAUUUAUGGUUUUCAGGGAUUAAAUUAAACCGUUUCCAUCAGCAUCGCCAUCAGUAAUACCGAUAGCUAAAGAACCACCAGAUGUUUAAGCAUUUUAACCAGUAGUUUAAGUUGAGUAACAAGCUGACAGCUCACCAUCACGUAUCCUUCAUUCCAAUUAAACUUUUUUUCGUUGAUUAAACGAGCUCAGGGACUAAAAACUCGGCUACAGGUGUUUCAUUUAAAACACCAUCGUCGGUAAAUUAAAAUAGUAACUACGAGACUUUGGAUAAAUGAAUACAUACGUAUACAUAUGCCGCGAGUGUUCAACCGAUGCUCAACCAUUUUACGCCAUUACCGAAAAAAAAUUAUAAAAAAACGUAAAUGAAUAAAAUAGAAGAGCGUAAAAAAGGAUAACAAUAAAAUGAACCCAUUGAUGUUCCGUGUUUUACGAUAUUCGAUACGCGUCAGCAUGUCAAUCAAAGACUCGAUACAAAACUCAACUAAAAACGAAAAAAAAAUACUAUUGUGUAAGCCGAGUAAAGGAAAAGUAUGGUAAAUUUUUUUUUUCCCAGCGUUUUAACUCGGAAUUUUAUACGCGCAAAGAUUGUUAUCGAGUACUGGCGUAUAUUUUCAAUUGGAAACUACUCGUGUAUAUCUAUAUAUAUAUAUAUAUAUAUAUAUAUAUACCUGGUAGCAUUUUUGGUAUUGUUACAAUAAAAUAGAAAACGAUAAACUAACACCUAUACUCGACGCAAUAUUCAUAUAGAUUUUAAAACGAGUAAUCGCUGAUAUUAGUCACCUGUGUAGCUGAGUAAUAAAUAGUACUCUUUUGAAACAACAAAAAUAACAAAAAAAAAUAACAGAAGUAAAAUUAAUCGCGUGUAUUGCGAGCUGAAUAAUGACACUGACAGUGAUUGGUGAUGAUAGUGAUUUGUUCUUGAGGAAUAAUACUAGUAAUGAUUAAUGGUCGAUGAUAAUGAUAAUGAUGAUGAUGAUGUGAGAUUAAUCGCAUUUUUACAUGAUGAACAAAAAUAAAAAAAAAUAAUUGUGAGCGAUAACAAAACGCACGUGAGAUGAAGUGGUUUAAUGAAUUUAUAAAAAUUAACUAAAUCAUUUAUUUAAUUUAAAAUAAUUUAAAAAUAAAUACUCCCUUUUUCGUACGUCCCUCUUACGUCUUCGUAAAUAUUUAACUUUAUCCGGCGUAAAUGUUAUUGAAAGUUUUAAAUAACGCCUAUUUUUUAUCACUCAUUCGCUUAAUUAUUCAAACAAGUGAUUUUAUUACUAUUAUUUUUAUUAUUAUUAUUAUUUUAGUGAUUAAUAUUUUUGUUUAAUUGACAACUGGUUGUGCAAUAUCGCUGAUAAUUGACUGUACUAAAUGACUGCUUUCAUUUAUCGAGGGCCAGCGAUCCGACGACACGAUUUAUAUUCGCGUUUAAUUUUUUAAGCUUUCAAAUAUAAAAUUUAAAAAAUUGUCGAGUUUUUUUAAUACGAAAAAUGACUAGUUAUAGAGAUGAGAUGAGAGGAGUUUGAGGCGGAGUAAAAAGGGAAGAGGGAUGAUGAUAAUAAAAAAAAGAGAUAUGUCUCUUUUAUUCUCGUGGAUUACUUGUAUAUAUCAUACUGAUAUAUGUAUGAGCACGUAGCGUCGGGACGCCGCGCACCGUAAGUAAUCGAUCGGAGGCCCAUACCUCGAUACCUGAUACGUAGUAGUAAUAGAAGUAGUAAUAGAAGAUGACGAAGGGGAUGAAUAAAAAUAAUAAAUAAUAAUGAAAAUAAAAAUAACACAUCAAGUUUAAUAUAAAUGAUAAAUAAAUAACGGGGAAUUAAAUUUUAAACUUUUUAAAUAAAUAACAACUCCAGUGGGAAUUUAAAUAAUUAAAAUUUUAUAGUAAGUAGUAAGACUCCGUAUCAGUCGGACAUGACCGGCGAAGUGAAUGAUUUUUUUUUUAAUUUACUAUUUAAUUAGAUGACAUUACGUACGUAAAAUUAUAUUUAUACGGUGAAUAUAAAUAUCGUACAUUUAAAAAAAAAAUUAAUUAAUUAAUAAUUAAAUAUAAGCGAGCGGAAUAAGAGGGACGCCCGGACCAGGGACUCUUAUUUUGGUGCAUCGAUGAUACAAUGAAAGACUGUUUUAUAACGUGAACAAAAAAAAGUAACAAAAUAAUAAAAAAAAAAAAAAAAAAGAAGUAAAAUUAAAAUAA